UGCUGGAGCCCGUCACUUUCUCUCCUCUCUUUCUCACUCUCUCUCUUGCUCGUUCCUCAUCUCUCAGUCUGCUCUUAUUCACUUCUGUGUAUGGGCAAAGCGGGAUAACAUGGACACUUUGGGUUUUUUUAUGCUGCUAAUACUUCUGUUUUUCCAGUGGAUGCCUGCCCUUGCUGCUGAGGAAAUCACCUGGACUUACUCUGGCUUAGUCGGCCAGAGUGAGUGGUCAGAGUAUUUCCCGGAUUGUGGUGGUACCUCACAGUCUCCAGUUGAUGUAAUGACCACGCAGGCUAAAUACGACCCCAGUUUGAUCCCUGUGACUCCGCUGGGCUACAGCCAGCACGGCAACCAACCCUUCACUAUGUACAAUAACGGACACACAGUGGUGAUUGAACUGCCAGAAUGGAUGGGACUCGGGGGGCUGCCGUGGUUCUUUACAGCCAUACAAAUGCACCUCCACUGGGGCAAUGACGGCCCAAGUCCCGGAGGCAGUGAACACACCAUUAACGGACUGAGUGCAGAUGCAGAGCUCCAUGUGGUGCACUACAACUCUGAGCUCUACCCAAACAUGUCUGCAGCGAUGACCCAGAAAGACGGUUUGGCUGUUUUAGGAAUUCUCAUUGUGACAGGUGAGGAGACAAACCCGGCGUUUAACAACAUCCUCAACUAUCUGAGUCGCAUCAGGCAUGCAGACCAGAAAGCGUUCAUCCCAGCCUUUGACGUGCAGUCUUUGCUUCCUGAGGAUCUUGGGCGAUACUAUCGAUACAACGGCUCCCUGACAACACCGCCGUGCCACCAGAGUGUUAUCUGGACCCUUUUCCAUAAAAGGGUUCAAAUCUCAGUAGCCCAGCUGCUGAAGUUGGAGAAAAUCCUUUACUCCAGUAAAGCUGAAGAACCAGACAGGAUGCUGCUGCAGGACAACUACCGUGCAACACAGCCACUCAACCACAGAGUCAUCUUCACCUCCUUUUCUGCAGAAUCGGGGAAGGAGCUCUCGUCUGGAGAAGUAACAGCCAUAGUGAUAGGAGUGAUGUGUGGCUGUGUAGGCCUGGCGGUUAUCGUUCGCUUCAUCGUGAAGACAAUACGAUUUUUUAAACUCCUCCAAUUUGAAGCAGUCGUGGUAAACAGCUCUACCUCUAGCUGGGAUGUCCUGCACAAUAACCGGCCUGCUCCCAUGCCAAGUGUAACAACGUGAGAACACAAGGAUCCACUAGAGUCUGAAUGGCACAUCAAGGCUUUCUGGGGACACAACCUCUGAUUUCUUCUAAAUGCACUGACAUUUCUGCACAGAAGCUAUAAGGGGGCCGACUGUGCAUGUUUUUCUAGGCUGGACCAGAUUUUUCUCUGCAUUACGGUAGGCUCCUUACUUUACGAUAUAAAUCGCCAUGAGGCAACAACUGUUGUGAUCUGAUACUUUAUAAAUAAACCUGAACUGAACUGAAAUGCUUCAGUAACCUGACAGAGCUUCUGUGUUGGAUUAGAUCACAUGUUUAAUGUUUCCCAAACAGAGUAAAGCUGGAAGGAAAUGAAAAAAAAAAAGACAAUACAUUUUUAUACCAUAACUUUUCAACUCUAUGAAUGCGUUUUAUAGUAUUACAUGGCAGUUGAUAUGACACGACCAACCUGAAAGACAGGAUAUAUAUCCACAGAUUCUUAAAGCUUCUGUUACGACAUCUGAAUGAACUUCCAGGACAUUUAUAUGAAUGGGGGCUUGUUUACUCCACCUCUUUCCCUAUGACAGCUGCAAUAGGCUCCAGCUCCUUCCUGUGACCCUGAACUCAAGUGGAAAAAAUGGAUAAGGAUAGAAGGAUAUUUAUAUACAUUUAAAGCAAAAUGUCAUUAGUAUAUCCAAAAUAUGUGAUGAAAAAAAUGUACUCUUGCUGUACUGCAACGUGACAGUGACACAGUAAAUCCAGUGGGCAUUCUUUGUUACAUGUCCCCCUCUGCUAGUUUAUUUUCUCUUGACUCUACUAAUUUAUCCCCUUCCCUCAUAGGUUCCUAAAACACCCGUGUUUGAUCAUUUUUAGUUUUCUUUUUUUGUUUUUUAAUCAUAUAAUGGAGCCUUACCGGGGCUGAGCUGUAUUUUUGGACAAGGAGCGACCUCUUCUGGAUAAACUACACUGACAUUUAAAAAAAAAAAAAACUAUCUGAGAAGUUUUGAAGUAUGUGCGAUUAAUCGGUGGGGAUAACUCUUCGCUUUGAC